AUGAUCCUCUUGGAGUCCCACAACGUCAUCAUCAGCGAUGUCCUCUCCGACCGCUUCCAGAAGGCAUCGCGUGCAGACAUUCAGUUUGUCGACUUUGACUCUGUGCGCUUCCACAUCUCGACACCCGAGUCCAAGACGGUGGUAGUUUUGUCCAUGUCGAUCCAGUGCUGGCCCGAUCUCCUCAAGUAUGGCGCCCGCCAGCACCUCGAGCAGCAGUACGCUGGCUACAUUCUUCCCGAGGCGUCGACCGAGUUUGAGUACAACGUCUCCCUCGCCAUUGACCUCGAGCGCCUCCCGGCCACGGAGGAGGAGCGCGCCGAGCUCGUCUCGCACCUGUCGCUGCUCAAGCGCAACGCUCUCGCUGCGCCCUUCCUCGGCGCCUUUGAGGAGCAGAAGCAGCUCCAGGCCAACUACAAGGACGCGGCGGGCGCCCAGCAGAUGGACCUGCAGCCCACCGAGUCCAAGGGCGAGCUCAAGGUCAUCAACUACCGCGACGGCGAGGCCAUCUUCGUCCGCGCCAGCCACGACCGUGUCACUGUCAUCUUCUCCACCGAGUUCAAGGACGAGACCGACCGCAUCUACGGCAGGGUGUUCCUCCAGGAGUUUGUCGACGCGCGCAAGCUCCAGUCUCUCCAGAGCGCCCCGCAGGUCACGUACUCUAACAGGGAACCACCUCUUGAGAUCCGCCAGAUCCCCGGACUGAAGCGGAGCGAGGACGUCGGCUACGUGACGUUUAUCCUCUCCCCGCGCCACUUUGCCAACCCCACGCAGGCGCUGCAGACCAUCUCGCGCAUCCAGCUGUUCCGCGACUACCUGCACUACCACAUCAAGUGCUCCAAGGCGUACAUGCACUCGCGCAUGCGCUUCCGUGUCGCCGAGUUUCUCAAGGUCCUCAACCGCGCCAAGCCCGAGAACGCCGCACCUGCCGAGCGCAAAACCAUCUCGGGCCGUACCUUCCGCUCGCGCUAA